GUGUCACCAAAUGUGUUGCGUUUGCAGCGGAUAUCGGUUCGUAGGCUCAGCGACUCGGAAAUCAAUAAGAAGUCGGGAGUUACCAAAUAAAAAAUUUAUUUAAUCGAUCGUUACCAAAAUCGUAGAUAAAAGUGUUAUCAAAGUUUUAGAAAAGGGUUUUAAAAUACCUUCAAGGUUUAAAGGAAAUAUUACACAUUUUUGAAAACCUUUCAAAACCCAAGGUGAAAAUCAAACCCAAGUGAAAAUGACCAAAUAUAAUAGUGCCUCAAGUGAAAUGCCUGCCACACACAGCAUCAAGCAGGAGUACAACAACAGCUACCAGCAACAAUCUCAUCCAGGAUACGGAUACCACAACUAUCACCUCCAAUCGCAGCCGCAGUCCCUGCAUCCCAGCCAGAAUCCACAUCAGACACUGCAGAAUUUCUUCAGCCGUUUCAAUGCCGUCGGAGAGGCAGCAGGCAAUGGGUCUGCAUCUCUUUCCGCCACAGGAUCCGCGUCAUCCUGCAACUACAGCCAUGGAAACCAUCCGCCGGAAAUGGACAAGCAAAUGACUAUGAACAUGACGCCAUCGCCGAUUUACACCACGGAUUACGAUGACGAAAACAGCAGUCUCAGCUCCGAGGAGCAUGUCCUGGCACCACUCGUCUGCGCCUCGGCCCAAUCCUCCCGACCCUGCCUCACCUGGGCCUGCAAGGCGUGCAAGAAGAAGAGUGUCACCGUGGACCGACGGAAGGCGGCCACGAUGAGAGAACGCCGAAGACUGAGGAAGGUUAACGAGGCCUUUGAGAUUCUGAAGCGGCGCACAUCGUCCAAUCCCAACCAGCGCCUGCCCAAGGUCGAAAUCUUGCGCAAUGCCAUCGAGUACAUUGAGAGCCUGGAGGAUCUUCUUCAGGAAUCCACGCCCACUCGCGACACCGACAACCUGGCGCCGAGUUUAAGCGGCAAAAGCUGCCAGUCCGAUUAUCUGAGCUCAUAUGCCGGGGCCUAUCUCGAGGAUAAACUCAAUUUCUACAACAAGCAUAUGGAAAAGUAUGGACAAUUCGCAGACUUUGAUGGAAAUGCCAAUGGCUCAAGCUUGGACUGUCUGAACCUCAUUGUCCAGAGCAUCAACAAAAGCACAACGAGUCCCAUUCAGAACAAGACCAUGCCCACAUCCACAGAUUCCAAAACGCCCCCUCCAACUACAGGAUCUGCAGCCACAGGACCCACAGCUCUGAACUCGAACUUCAAGCGAAAAUGCAGCACUUAGGUCUUCGAAAAUGUUCCCAAUUAGAAAAUUGUAAUGAUAUAUUGUUAAGAGGAUACACGAGAUACCCAGUGACCCGAAAUAGGCCUUAAAUUAUUUUUAUAGC